UGAACAGUUGUUGACGCGAGCUCACUGAAGCACCACGCACCAUUGACCGCUGAUCUUCGAAUUCACAACAUUUAGGGACAGUUAACCAUGGCCUGUGCUAUAGGACGGAUACUUAUAAGAACUCUAUUUCAAUUUACAAUAGUUCAUAUUUUAUAUGCUGACCCUCAGCUGGACCUUCCCCAACUGCCCCAAGUGUCUUCACAGCGUAGUCCUUAUGGCUAUGGAUUUUCCAGUACACAGUCCAAUUUACCCACAAGCCAGUUUGAUUUAAACCGUAAUUUUCAAUAUAGUACCGCCAGAGCACCGAGUGCUGUCACUCCGGGUGUGUAUCCUGUAUCUUCUACCACGCAUCAGAUAAACCCGGACAUAAAUAAUAACGGAUAUCCCAGUUUAGAUUACGGGAACGGACGGAAUCCAAGUUCCACUCUUCGUCCAUUCGAUGAUAGAAAUCGUGAUGAUAGAAUAGACAUCACAAAUGACGCGAACUUUCGUCGGAAUGAUCCAAAUUUCGCUAGAAACGAUCCCAGCUAUGUUGGGACCAACCCGUAUAAUUUCAACGGUGAUGUGAACUCUAAUCGUAUAGAUGAAAGGCUUAAUCACGCCAGCCUGCAGCAAAUUAAGGAUUUUCUUCACCAAGCUGAUGCACAGGCUUCUAAGGAGUGUACGAACAACGUAGCAGCUCAGUGGAAUUUUGAAACCGAUGUUAAUGAUGCAACUCAGCAUGCUGCUUUGGAAGCACAACAACGCUACACGUUGUUCCAGCGAGGGUUGUGGGAAGCGGCUCAGGGCCUGCCUCGUGGUGCUAUCAGGGAUUUCUCUACCUUCAGACAACUGAAGUUACUGUCUACCAUCGGACCAGCAGCUCUGCCACCAGAUCAAUUGGACAGGUAUAACAGAAUCAUUAACGAUAUGUUAGCUGUGUACAAUUCAGCGGAGAUCUGUGCCUAUAAUGAACCCUUCAAGUGCGGGCUUCACCUCCAGCCAGACCUACAGUUCACCAUGUCACAUUCCAGAGACUGGGAUGAGUUACAACAUGUCUGGACAGAAUGGAGGAGGAAUACUGGAAGACGGAUUAGAGAUUUGUACGAACAACUCGUUGAUCUCACCAAUCAAGCAGCAAGGUUGAAUAAUUUCACUGAUGCUUCUGCUUAUUGGAUGUUUCCAUACGAAACCUUCAACAUGAGACAAGAAGUGGACGAAGUUUGGGAACAGGUCAAGCCGCUUUAUGAUGUACUACAUGCAUAUGUCCGUCGUCGUCUUCGUGAAGCGUAUGGACCUGAAAGAAUCUCACGAUCUGCACCUAUCCCAGCUCAUGUACUUGGCGAUAUGUGGGGGCAGAGCUGGUCUGGGAUAGUUCCCUUUACUCUACCAUACCCCGGGAAAAAACUCGUCGAUGUCACUCCCGAAAUGGUGCAACAGGGUUACACACCCCUUACGAUUUUCCAACUGGCGGAGGAGUUCUACGUUUCCAUGAACAUGUCUGCGAUGCCUCCAGACUUCUGGGCGCUGAGCGUGUUUGAGCAGCCUGCUGACCGACACGUACACUGUCAACCGUCUGCUUGGGAUUUUUGUAAUGGACACGAUUACAGAAUAAAGAUGUGCACUCAUCCAGAUCAGAAAGAUUUGAUAACGGCUCACCACGAGAUGGCACACAUUGAAUAUUUCCUGUCAUACAGAAAUCAACCGAAGGUCUUCCGCGACGGAGCCAACCCAGGAUUCCACGAAGCGAUCGGCGAGGCAAUCGCGCUUUCCGUGUCAUCUCCCCGCCACCUCCAAACCCUGGGUCUCAUCCAGAAGUCUGUAGAUGACACGGCCCACGACAUCAACUAUCUCUUCACACAGGCGAUGGAUAAACUGGCUUUCCUUCCAUUCGCGCUGGUGAUGGAUAAAUGGCGCUGGGAUGUCUUCACAGGCGACGUUAGGAAAGAGCAGUACAAUUGUCAUUGGUGGAGAUUAAGAGAACAGUACGAGGGCAUUAAGCCGCCAGUGCUACGUUCUGAAUUGGACUUCGAUCCCGGCUCCAAAUAUCACAUACCAGCAAACAUUCCCUAUAUAAGAUACUUCGUGAGCACGAUACUUCAAUUCCAAAUCCACCAAGCGUUGUGUCUGAGGACCGGACAGUUCAUUCCAGGGGAUCCCACUCAUCCCCUCCACAAGUGCGACAUCUACCGGAACCCAGAGGCUGGGAAAAUGCUCACUCGUCUCAUGGAACGAGGAUCUUCAGUUCCUUGGAGCCAGCUGCUGCAGGAGACUAUUGGUGAAGGAAGACUCAGCGGGGAAGCCAUGAGGGAGUACUUCAGACCCUUGGAAGAAUGGCUUCGGAGUGAGAAUCUUAGGACCGGAGAGUAUCUGGGCUGGAGCUACGACGGCGAUUACUGCAAAUUUAGCAUUGAAACAGCUGGUCUACAGGUGUACGGGGGAUUUUACAACGCAGCUUCAAAGAACACUUAUUUAACAAGCCUCUUAACUCUUCUUUUAUCGUUGACAUUAACUACUGUAGUAGGACUACGUCGGCGAUAAAUUAUGAUAUUAUAUAGAUUUAUUGAUACACAUAUAAACCAACUAACGCUCUUAUACAACUAACGGGUUUGAUUAUUGUAACAAAAUCUGUGCCUGCGCAACCUAACGCCUCCUCAAGAAUUUACUGCAUAAUCGAUCUAUAGGAUUUGUUUAUAACUAACUUUAAUACUUUUAUAAAAUAUAUUAUAAAUUAUCAUACAGUUUUUCUUUGAUCAUGUUCAAAUUGACUUUCUUUCAGCUCUGUGUGUCAAAAAGAAUAUCCAACUAAUUCCUUAUUUAUCCAAAUUAUAUCGUAAUGUUAUACAUUUGAAUCACUUUAUGUAAUAAAUAUAUUUAUAAUCAGUAUUUUAUAAACAUAGAAACAUUGUAACACGUACAUACAUAGUGCAGGUGACGUAAUAACUAGUUUAGAUUUAUGACGUUUUGUAAAUAUUAAUAUGAGAUUUUCUUUAUUACAAUAAACGUAUGAAAACAA